UUUCUGGUCAUCUUCACUCAUAACGUGCUAGCGUACGGCUUGUAGUUUCCUGCCAGAGUUUGCGCUUAUGUACUUUGGUUCGCUGACCCUUCUGACCUUUAACUGCAGGUACCCAGACUCAUGGUAUCAGGACAUCACCUCUAACAAGAAGUUCUUCUCCCUCGCUGCCACCUUCAGAGGAGGCAUUGUGGGAAUGAUUGUGGCCGAGAUCAAAGGCCGGACCAAAGUACACAAAGAGGAUGGAGACAUCCUGGCCUCCAGUUUCCCUGUGGACACACAGGUAGCCUACAUCCUGAGCCUUGGAGUGGUCAAAGACUUCAGGAAACAUGGCAUAGGCUCCCUACUGCUGGACAGUCUGAAGGAGCACAUCUCAACCACGGCCCAGGACCACUGUAAGGCCAUCUACCUUCACGUCCUCACCACCAACAACACUGCCAUCCACUUCUACGAGAACAGGGACUUCAGGCAGCACCAUUACCUGCCCUACUACUACUCCAUACGAGGCGUCCUCAAAGAUGGAUUCACAUACGUGCUCUACAUCAACGGGGGUCAUCCGCCCUGGACGAUAUUUGACUAUAUCCAGCACAUCGGUUCCACCCUGGCCAGCCUGAGCCCCUGCUCCAUCCCUCAGAGGCUGUACCGGCAGGCCCAGUCCCUGCUGCGCUCUCUGCUGCCCUGGUCCAACAUCGCCUCCAAGACCGGCAUACAGUACAGCAGAACAAUGUGACGAUGACAAGGAGUGCCACCGUUUCUCAUCAGUCUUCCCCUGUACACACCCAGAUGUACGCGCACACUCGCAUCCUCGUAACAGCGUUCCCCACCCUGUGUU